AUGUCAUCAUUUUCUGAGGAGACGAUUGAAGCGCCUCCAGCGAAAAAACGAAAAACUUCUAACUCGGGUGGUGUUUCAAAUUCAGUUUCGCAAGAAAAUCAUUCCACAGAGAAGGUAAAACGACGUAGAAUUUAAAAAUUGAAGAUCGCUGACAUUUAUGCCUGGAUUUUAAUGAUUAUUCUUUUAAAUAUUACUUUCAUCUGAACAGACCAUGGCGAUGGACAGCAACGGAAGUGCUGCGAACCAAAUGCAGAUUGAUGAAGGGCUAUACUCUCGACAACUGUAAGAAGAAAAAUUCCUUUAAUAUUGUCCUUUUAUGGCCUUCACGUUUCAUAAAAUGCAAUAGUAAAAGUGUUUUGAGAGUAAUACUGGCGAGUCAGCUGGUUAUUUAUUAAUGAGCUGACUUAGUAAACACGUAUGGCUUUCGAUACUAGUGCAUUCGGUUAUUUUUUGCCUCUACAAAGCGGUGUUGCCUUAUAAGUGACGAAAGCAGGGUGCAAAGAAAGUCAUUUUUACAGCGUGCCAUUUGGGCAAGCUGAGGGUAGCAUGUACUAGCCCAAACGUCAUUUCACAGUUCUUCUUCAAAAAACUUCACUUGCCCAUCAGGCAAGUUAAGAACAGCAUUCACUAGCCCGAUAGCAAAAUUCACUAGCCCUGGGCUAUCAGACACUGCUUUCUUUGCAUGCUACGAAAGCCACGCCACAUUUAAUCAUGCCAACGACCGAUAUGUGGAUGCAUACCUGUUGCACUGUUUGAAACAUCACCAGGAACGAAGGCACCAGGUAGUGUCUUAAACACAGCUUGACUACUGUAGCUUCAGACCGGGGUUUUCAGUAAAAAUUCCAAAUGCCCGUGGGCUAAGCAAAGUACCAGAACCCAGUUUUUAGGGAAGUUUAUUUUUGAGCAUGUGACAACCAAUGCAAAAAUGGGUGACAAUGUUAGCAAUAGAUAAAAUGUCUCGUCAACUGCCUGUAUUGCACCAAUCAAUGAUUGAUUGGUGCAAUACAGGCAGUUAGAAACUGUAUCAUGGUAUUUUUGUCUAGGUAUGUACUUGGCCAUGAAGCCAUGAAGAAAAUGGCUGUUUCCAAUGUUCUUAUAUCUGGACUAAAAGGUCUUGGAGUAGAAAUAGGUAAGCUACGUACCUCCAACGUACCCUGCAAGUAUAGCUGUCUGUCCUCACUCCUUACUACUCCAAGAGACAUUUUGCAGGAUAGACGUCUAUGUUUUGGCCCUAUAAAUUUUGUACUGAUGACAAGCUUUUGAGCUUUGCCACCAGGGUUUUCAAUAAGAGCUGGUGGUCGGCGAAAUUUGCGGACUAUACCACGUGAACUUGCUGCCUAUUUUUCUUUGGAAAUUACCCCCAGUUUGAGUAGAGUAUUCAUGUGCUUUUGCUGUUUAAAACUCCAAAAUUUAAUGAUAGUCUGUGUUCUGUCCAAACACUCUAAUUUUGCUCCAUUCUAAGAAGCCCAGAUUUCAAAAUUUUUCCAGAAACUUGCACCUUCAGGCUCGCAAGUUGUGCCUUUGCUGUGAGUUUUUUCCUUCUCCACCUACUCCAAAGCUUUUGCCACCUACUUAAAAUCUUAUUGAAAAACCCUGUGCUACUGCUUGCAUUUUUGUUUGCAGAAGAACUCAAAACUUUACAACAAUAGACCAGGAAAAACAUCUGGAAUCCUAUGACAACCAGAUUGAUCAGACCAAAUUUGUUUUUGGUGCUGAAUUUCAGACCCUAUCCCCUAUGAUUCUUUUCUAGCAAUGAAGAGCGAGGAAAGAAGAAUGUCUUUGCAGUCAACCCGUAACUUUUUUUUUUACUGAAUUGUUUGGUGGCAGGAUUUCUUGUUUCUUUUGUUCCAAUACAAAUAUAGGUAUGCUAGAAUAUUAUUAGACCGACAUCUAAAUGUAUAGCAAAUCCAUGGAAAACAGCAAACUCAGGAUUGCAAAAUUGUUUUUUCAAAAUACAAAACGUGUCCAGUAUCAAUGAAAGGGUCUAUAGAUGUACCUACAGUGUAUUAUAACUAGAAAGUCAGUUUUAAAGCUCUACCUUACAAAUCACCCUUAAAUUAUUGACCUAAUAAAAUAUUAUUAUUAAAGUCACUGUAACUACAAUCCUGGCCAAAAGGUCUUGGGACACCUCCCCUUUUUCACUUGGUUUUGUAUGGAAUUUGCAGCUAACCUGCGAUACACACUCAUAAACACAGCCUUAACAAGAUUUUUAUCCCACCCCCCCCCCCCUCCCUAAACAAAGUUGAGGUCCUUAAAGUGUACAAGAUAUGUAAAAGGUGUUUGACUUGUAACACCCAACACUGUUCUGUGGGGGAGGGGGUCAACUUGAAUUACAUUUCCUCACCUAAAACACGAAGUGUCCCAAAUGUUUUGACCAGGAUUGUAGUUCUUUGGUGGUUAAAUUCUUAAUUUCUCUGACUAACAUUAAUACUGUUAUCUUGUACCUUCAGCUAAAAAUGUGGUCUUGGGUGGUGUGAAGUCAGUUACCCUACAUGAUACAGGAAAUGUUGAAAUGUCAGACUUGUCCUCUCAGGUGAGUUUUAACCUACACUGUAACUUCAUUUCAUUAAAGCAACAAACAAAGAACAAGUUCCUUAAUUCACAUACUGUACUCUCUGUAGAUCUGAUUAUGUAGGAGUUUAAAGGAAAAUGUAAUGGAGAUUUUGUUUUCAUUUGCCUCUUAUAGUUCUUUCUUGAAGCUGACGACAUUGGAAAAAACAGAGCGGAGGUAUCUUUGAAAAGGAUUUCUGAGCUCAACAGUUAUGUUCGUAUGUCUGUUAGUACCGAACAGCUGACAGAAAAAUUCCUGGGACAGUUUCAGGUAAGCACUGCUGCACAGUGUUAUCCAUAGAUCCUCGAACUUAAUACAUUGUUUAUCACCUGUUAGAGAUGCCAUUAUUUAGUGUAAUUUGCAGUUGUGAUCUGUUUCCAUACUCGUUCAAUGUAGUUCAGCUUCCUUCAUCAUCAUCACUGGAUUCCCCCUAGCCUGCUUGGCAGGUGCAAAAAGGGGAGAGGAUGGGGAUAGAGGAAAAAAGGGCGAAAGGGAAAAGAGAAGGUAGCCCUCUCUCCUGAAUCCCCCUUCCUUUUUCCCUUCCUCCCAAUCCCCUAUCCCUUUUGAUGCCUACUACUUAGGCUAGAUCCCUCUUCCUAAGUGGGAAGUGGAGCAGGAUUCUUCCAUUCACCAUAGCCUGAAAGCACAAUUGUCAAUUUAGGAUGCCACAAUUGUAAUUGGUUUCUCGCAUAAUUCUUGAGCCUCUGAGGGAUGUCUGUAUAAAUUCCAUGCUGAUGACAUGUUACUUCCUAAGUCCUGUUAUUACAUGUACUUGAAUCUGAAGGUUGUGCUGUGAGGAAAAUCUGCUUAAAACCAAUUUGAAGCACUACCCCAAUCUGGUUAUUGACACACAUGAUAUCAGUAUGGAAUUUUGGUGCUUGUUCUUCCGACAUCAUAUCGCAGGGAAAGCAGCGAUGGUCUUGCACAAUGUUGGCUGUCUUCUCAGGCCAACAAUGAUAUGAAAAAGGCUUUUGCAUUUUUUCGAUGAUCAGUAUCAUAUUGUAUUAAUUUUUUUGUGAUCAAUUCUUUUGGUUUGUUUUGGUUUUUCCACCGCCACUACCAUACAUGUAUGUACAAAUGUACAUGUGCUGUAAAAAAAACCUACUUGUACAAAGUGUAAAUAUACAGUAUCUUCUUUCAAUUCUCCUUAGCUGGCAGCAGAAACAAUGCAAGAGCAACCUCUCAUUUCCCAGUUUAUAUCUAUAGGUUGUAGUGCUAACACAGUCUACCUUUGAUGAGCAACUUUGGGUUGGUGAUUUCUGUCAUGCACGGGGUAUCAAGUUUAUCAUCGCUGAUACAAGGGGACUUUUUGGGUAAGUCUCUGUUCUGUUUAGAGUUUAUUCAAGAUGCCUUAGGGACAGAGCCAAGUGUGUGCAUUACAAGGAAACUACUACGCUAACCUGGGCAUGGUUUUAUUAAUUUCCAUGGUUUUAUUUAAAGUGUCUAGUUGGUGGUGAGGGCAGGAUAGAAUGUUGCUCCACAAUAAUUUAGAGGUUUUAAGUUAAAACCAAAAUACUAUUUAUCCAGAUUUCUGUUAAACAUAAUGGUUUUCGUUUCAAUUUUUUUUAUAUGUAUGCUUGGAAAUAAAAGGAGAAUUCAACAAUACAUCAGGAGUCACCUUGGGCCUUAUUUCAUGCAUCCCUUAACAUCUGUGUCCUUUAGACUUCACUGUUGGAAAGAUAGUCAGAUGUAAAUGUACUUUCUUUGAUAAGUGAUGCAGUAGCUGAAUAUUAUGUUCUGAAAUUAUCCAUUUCAGUCAAAUAUUUUGUGAUUUUGGUGAGAGUUUCACAGUGGUAGAUACCAAUGGGGAACAGCCAGUCAGUAACAUGAUUUCUUCUGUUUCUAAGGUAUGUAUGGUGCUGUACACUGAUGACUCAAUUCUUGUUCUUGAUUUUCACAGGGUUUGUAGAGAGUCUUGAAUUCUUGAAAAAAGUCUUGAAAUUUGCAAACCAGGCAGAGAAAAGUCCAAAAAACAACAAUCCAGUCUGGGAAACAUAGUGUAAAGUCUAGAGUUUUAAAACUGCAGCAUGGGCUUUAUUGCUUAAAAGUGAAUUUUUUUUUUGAAGUUGUCUUAUUCUUUUCUUUAGCCAAAACAUUCAAUCACAGAAUGAGGAAGUUUCAGAACUCUUUUACAUAAGUCUGCAUAACAUGCGCUGUAUGCUUGCAGUGUACCGAGGUUUCAUCAAUGAUUUGCUGAUUAAUUUGAUGAUCUAGAGUUUGGAAAAAGAAAUUAUUAAUUCUGGAAAAAGUCUCGAAUUUCAGUUUCAAAAGGUUUUAUGCACCCUGUUUUCAAAAGUCAAACUUCUGAGUUGUGAAAAUUUUUAUUUUUGUGACUUUUGGUUCUGUUGUAUGUAUUUACAUUGUAAUUUUGCAGUAAUGUUUAGUUUGUACAACUGCAAUGUUUUUUUUAGCUCUAAUGGAUGAGGCAAUAAAUAAUGUUAAUUUUUUCUAGGAUGAGCAAGGUGUUGUAACUUGUCUUGAUGAGCAAAGGCAUGGUUAUGAGUCUGGUGAUUUUGUGACUUUCUCUGAAGUUCAGGUAAUAAUAAGCAUGAAGCUCCUGAUUUUUACAUGUAAUAAGAGACAGUUAUUAAAUUACAAUUUCGUUCAAACAUUGACAAGAAAAAGGUUUUUAGGUGGUCUUUGCCUGAUACCAUUAUUCCUGUUUAGUUUUUAAUUAGCAAAAUCACACAUGGAAAACCUGUUUAACAACUCCAUUUCAACUAUGACAUCAGUUGACUGGCUAUGCAAAUGCUACCCUCUUAAGUUAACAAUGUAACAUGGCUUUGGAAAACACAGCAUCUUGUAAUACAUCAAAGCCUGUUGUCAAAAUACCCAAAAUCCAUGUUAUGUAGUAUGUAGUUCUAACUGAGAUUAUGAAGAAAUCUCAUGGUGUGUCCAUUCAUAAUACAAUGCCAUUGAAACCUCUUCAGUAGCACUUUUACUGUGGAGGAAGUCCUGUGGUGUUACUAUUCAAAUGAAACCAUAGCCUGCGAAAGGCAGACCUUUCUCCUCGCUAUCACUGCUGAGGGACGUUUUGCAAGGAGAAACGUCUGCUACUCAACGACAGAAAUUCCAUGCUGAUGACGUAAAAUCUGUCUGGAAUCCGGUCAGAAGAGCUAAUUGAUCGACAGAGUAGUUUCAUCGUUUUAGCUAUUGUUUACGAAUGACAGACAAAAGACAAAAGGCCACAAAGGUCAAAUGUAAAUGGGAUGAAUCUCUAACAAAACAGUCAAUAUUUUGUGGAAUAUAGUCUUCUCUAGAAGAAGCAUUAAUUUUAGUUUUGCUGAAGCUCAUUCACAGAUGAACACAACACUUCACCAAAAUCGACCAGGAGAAGCGUAAAAUUGAACAAAAUUGCAUUUGGAACCCCAUGACUACUGGAUUUAUUAUGUAAACAUUGAUUUACAUCAUCAGUAUAGAAUUUUUUUGCUGAGUUGCAGACGUUCCUCCUCGCGAAAUUUCCUUCAGUGGCGAUGAGCGAGGAGAAAUGUCUGCCAUUCGCAGGCUAAUGAAACCAUAGCAUUUCUUUCAAUGUAUUGGUUUGUUUCUAAGGAUUUUGCAAAACACUAUUUAAAAAUUUUAUUGAAUUAAAGACUUUGAGCAAUUAUUUAAAAAAUGGAAAGUUCACAAUACAUUGCCUUCAAACCAGUUGUUUUUGUUUUAAGAAAAAUAAAUGUAUGGAAAAAUUUUGAGCAGGCUUCUCUAUCCAAUUGUCAAAAAUCAAUGUUGACUAUAUUAUUCCUCUUUUUCAUCAUUUUGUGUGAUGUUUCAUACUUCAACACAGAGUGCAUAAUGUUUCUUUCUGUGUUUCAGGGAAUGACAGAAUUGAAUCAAUGUGAACCUCGAGAAAUAAAAGUUUUAGGUGAUUAAUGACUGAUUGUAAUAUUAUUAUUUCUCACACAACGAGUGUGAUUUGUAUGCCACGCAACAAUGCAACAGCACUUUAAUCACAACCAUCACAAAAUUUUUAGGACAAGCAAAGGAAAAAUAGAAAUUAAUGAUACACUUUUGUCAAGCUAACUCAAACUUUUUUUUGAAUUAACAAAGGGUGGCAGGGUAGGAAAGUACAGUGUACUGUCACACUGUUUGGCAAGAAACAAAAACUAAAUCAUGUGAUGAGUGUGAAAACUGAUACCCUAAAUUGAAACUUGUGCCCAGGUUUUACUCAGUGAUUGAACUUCAUUUCUUGCCCCUUUUGGAAGCCAGCCGACAAGAAAAAACAUUUUUAACUGCAUUUUAAUAUCCACCUUUGGACACAUAGCCCAUUACUACAUAUAUUUAACAAUUAUUCGCCAAAGGCAAAGUUAAUAUUGUUGAAUAAUCCCCGAGACGAAGUCGAGGGGAUUAUUCAACAAUAUUAACUAAGCCUGAGGAGAAUAAUUGUUUUAGUAUAUUGACACGAAGUUAUCUCAACAGAAUCAGAACGGAAACCAUGACAAAACGAUUAGUUUGAUUGACAGGUGAAUUCAUGCGUGAAUGAGAAGCCGUAAACACUGGAUACGCAAAAGUUAGAUCUUUACAGUAUCUUCAGACAUGGCAAAUGAUAGUUUUAAUCUUUUUGUACCGAGUUUUGUAAGCUUUAGGAUCAACGGUUUAAAAGAAAACGCCGAAAAUUUAAAUUACUACCCAAUUCUGAGAAGAAAAGUAGAGCUUUAAUUGUUUCUGUCAACUCACCGUGAAUGAGAAAGUUUUCUUUGUCAUUUCUUGCAAAUGCUAUCAAGAGCGGCUACGAUCAAGGUGAGCGUUGUUUAUCUCCAAAGUUCUUUGCCUUGUGAACUUGCUGGCACGUACAAUUUUCGAAAAUAUUUGCCUUCCUCUUUUUUUUAUAAAUUAACUUCUAUUUAUAGGCAAAAUUGGUCUUGAGCGAAAAUCCCGAAAGCACAAAACAGUGGCAAAGCGAUCUCGUUUUCCUCUGUAGUGGAAAACAUAGCUUUGAGCGUACAAAAAGUCAGCUACAGUAAACCAUUUCACAAUAAAUCACGCUGUUUAAGCACCAUGAAGUCUUUUCUUGCCUUCAAAGUCAUCAGCACUUGGAUAUUCGUGUAUUUUCAAAAAGGCUUUACUAUAAAACUUUGACAAAAACACCCAGUUCACGACAGCGAUUUUGUUCUGCUUUAUAUUCACUGACGUCAUAGUCCAAGAUAGCUAACCAAUCAGAUUGCUUGAAUUACCAAGAUCACUGCGUGUGUAUAUACUAAUUACAUGUAUUUGCAUGCAUUUUGUCAUCUUGGCUUUCAAGAGUGACUUAACCUACUUCUGUUUAUUCAUUAUAGGCCCAUACACAUUCAGUAUUGGUGACACUAGUGCGUACUCAGAGUAUGUACGUGGUGGUAUAGUCAGUCAAGUCAAAAUGCCAAAAGUAGUGAAAUUUGUGAGUACAGUAUUUGUAAUUGCAUUGCUUCCUAUUUUUCCCAUUUUUCUUACCCCAAUAAUAAAAGGACUUUCAAAAUAAUUAAGAUGUUCCAUGCAAGCUGAUGUUUUUUAUUAUUAUUAUUUAUUGCACUGGAGAUAUAUGAACUUGCAGAUGAGCUUUAGCAUUUGUGAAAACUUUAUACGGUGUGCCUUUUUUAUUAGACUUAUACAUUUAUGUUAGUUUGUGUGCCUGUUUUUAUUAUGGUGACCAGUGUGAUGCAAAGGUAAAUAAAAUAGCAUUUCUCCAAGUGUGAAACUGUGAAAAAGUGACAACAAUACACUGUCUGUUGCAAACUUUGCAUCUUAAAUUCUUUUGUUUGUAUCUUGUACAUUGCAUUGUUGUAACUGUAGAAUGUGAGGAGGUUUAAUGGCAGACCCAUUUAUUAUGAUUGUUAACUUGUCUAGCUUUUUCUUUCUGUCACUAGAAAUCUUUUAGGGAUUCCCUCACAGCACCAGAGUUUGUUCUUACAGACUUUGGCAAAAUGGAAAGGCCAGCACAACUUCAUUUGGGAUAUGCAGUGAGUGAAUAUUAUAAAAUAGUUUUCUAGUGUUAAUUGAAUUUUUCUUUUGAUUUAUUUCUAUCAAUUUUCCUGUUCUUUUGACUAGGCCCUGCAUAAGUUUGUAAAAGAAUAUGGAGUUCUCCCUAGACCCAGAAAUCAGGUAAUUUUCUAAGUAUUGACAGUUAUUCUUCAUAGAAUGAAAUUGGCAUCAUCAUUUUACCCAUUAGCCUAGCCAUUUCUCUGGGGUAAGGGUCAAUCUACCCUUAUUUAUGGCUACCUAUACCUGUAAUUUUCUUGUACUCAUUCACAGAAAUGGUGUAUCUUAAGGUUUAUAUUUUUAACUGUUUUUGUUUCCACACCACACAGGAAGAUGCUAAAAAGUUCAUUUCACUGGCCAAACAGCUCAAUUCAGAAAAGAUAUGUUUACAGGUAACUCAAACCUGAAAGUUAAAUUUCAAAUAUUUUCCCAAAUAUUCAACCAGUUAUUAAAUGUACAUGUAAUCUUGAGCAAUUUCCCCAAACCUGUUUUCAUUAUUUGCUUGUCAUUUCCUUUCUUAAUUUUUUUUCCUUUCACUGAAAAAUAAUAUAGGUGGAUGAAGUUGAUGAGCAUCUUCUGACACAACUGGCCUACAAUGCAAGAGGUGAUCUUUGUCCAAUGCAGGGGGUUAUUGGAGGAAUUACAGCUCAGGAAGUUAUGAAGGUAAACGUCAGCCUAGUGUACCUUUCCCACCCCUGGGUUGAGUACACUCUUUUGACCACGUUGGCCAUUUCAUUCUCAUCUUUUUCAGUACAUUAAUUUGUAGGUUAUACAAAGCUGCAAAUCACAGUAAGUCAUUGGCCAAAGUCUAAUAUUUGAAGUUUGCCCUUGUCUGAUGAAAUCCUAUGAAAAAUGAACCUGCCGACUAUCAUUUUGUGGCAGGGGGAUUUUUUUAGCUUGUCAUGUGAAACAGUUGCUUGGUUAAACACUAGCCUGUGUUGCAGAGGUACAUGUAAUCUUACCUCGGUUAGUAACGUCUACAAAGCGGCGCCCAGAUCCCUGUUCUGGGCCCCAAUGGACUUAAUGAAUUAUCAGAAGUGUGUUUCAAAUUUCCUGUUAACUUCAUUGGCCAAUCAACAAUGGUAUUUUAAACCUGUGAGUCAUGACAUGUACUCAAAUCCUGGCUGUACACAGGUAUGUGGGGACCUUGAACAAGGAUUUUGGUGCUGUUUUGCAGACAGACUUAAAGAACUUGCUUCCAUCAAUGGGAAAAACUUGUCAAGUACAUCAUAACAAAAAAUGAAAAUAAUUGUCAUCGUCAUCAUUAUUAUCAUUAUCAUUAUUGUUAUUUUAUAAAUUUUGCAGGCCCAUUACAAUAAUAUUAUUAGUGUUUACAUGUAUAUCAAUCAGAGAUUCUGUCUCAUGAUCAAGGAAGUUCUCAAUUAAUGUCACUUGACAACUAAGUUUACUGUUGUUUGCCUUUCUUGUUCUAGGCCUGCAGUGGAAAGUUUAGUCCUAUCUUUCAACUUUUGUACUUUGAUAGUCUUGAAUGCCUGCCAGAGGAAGGAGAAAUAUCAGAAGCCUCAUGCCAACAAGUGAGAUAACACAUAUUUAAGAAUAAAAAUUAAUAGAUGUGAAAACUUAUUUAUAAUCAACAAGCCUAACUCAAACAUUUUUGCAUGUACAAUGUAUAACCUUUUUGGUAACUCUGAAGAUACACCUGUACUCACUUGGUAAAAACUCAUUUCACUGAACUACAGUAACCCGUUCACUCCUCGUCAACGUAUGGAGAUGUUUUAUCAUAAUUGUUUUGUUUUUUUUUUUCACUCUAACUUUAAAAUCUGUGUAUGAAAUCCUAUGGUGUUACAAGUCAAAAUUGAACUUUUGUCGGGAGAACUUUUGCAUAGCUCCAUAUAUAGCUGGUGAGAUAGGUGUGGUACAGAGGUCAUUCAGUUGGUUGGGUUUGUGCGUGGCUGGCCUUAGGCUUCAGCUGGUAGUGCUGUCGCUGCAGCGCAUUGCUGAUCUAGGUUGCAGCUCCUACUGCUCUAGUUUUCUAGUGACCACUGGCCUAGGUGUGUUGCCACUGCAGAGCAUUGUUGUGUUGUGUUGUUGGCCAAGGCUUCAGCUCAUAACACUAUAGAAAUGAGGCUUCUUGGUCAUAUAAUGGAAGUCGACAGUUAUGCCAAUCGUUGAAUGGUGUCCCCAAACAUUAAUAGGGAGCUUAAGGAACAGCGUUUUUGAGUGACACACGUCAACUGGAAGGGGACUUUUUGCAUCCUUGGGCACUUAGGUUUGGUACAAACUAUUGGGCGAAUCGUCUGUAUAAGGGAAAAGACACUAGGCAAUACAAAUUUGUAGGCAUCAAGGCGUAAUUAUAGAAAGGGAGAAGGCCUCACUUCCUGUUGACAUGCGUCACUCAAAAACGUCUUUUAAUACUUCAGUUCCCUAAUGCCAAAUGUGUGCAGUUUUCCUUUCUUUAGUUACUCCAUUGUUUCUUUAUUGCUCAUGCAUUUGGUUAUACUCAACAGAACACUAACAGUGAAAUUAAUAUCACUUUUUUUUGGAUUUUUCCUAUUGCCAGAGAAACAUACAUGUAUUAGGAAAGAAAGGGAUAAUUGAGGAUAAGUGCAGAUUUUUUUGUGACCAGUAGGACUGUUUAAACCUUCUGGGGUUUAUUUUUGUAAGAGACAAUCAUGCUUAUGAUGAUGAUGUUCUCUUUAGACCGGAUCAAGAUAUGAUGGACAAAUUGCAGUCUUUGGAACGGAAUUUCAAAAGAAGCUGUCAGAGCAGAAGUACUUUAUUGUGAGUACCAGUACCUUAACAUUUUAUUUAGUGCUAUAUCUUAACAGUAUCGUUUUGUCUGAAGGAAACAGACAUGAUGUUCUAUUCUUUGAACAAAUCUCUCCUCCCCCAACCCAUUCCAUUUUUUUUUGCUCUCGCUCCAACUUUUUUGCAAUAAUUCAAGUGGUAAUGCUUGCUAUGCUGGCUAGCAUUUGCCAUGCAAAAUAUCAUUGCAAUAAUUAAGAACGGUGGCUGCAGGAUGCAACAGCCAACAGCUCCUUUGAAAACAGUGUCUUAAUGUUAUUAUUAUUGUUGUUGCUACAGGUUGGUGCUGGUGCUAUUGGAUGUGAACAUCUCAAAAAUUUUGCCAUGAUGGGUUUAGCUUGCAGUGAUGCAGGGCAGCUGUUUGUCACAGAUAUGGACACCAUUGAAAAAUCCAACCUUAACAGGCAAUUUCUUUUCNGAAUUUCAAAAGAAGCUGUCAGAGCAGAAGUACUUUAUUGUGAGUACCAGUACCUUAACAUUUUAUUUAGUGCUAUAUCUUAACAGUAUCGUUUUGUCUGAAGGAAACAGACAUGAUGUUCUAUUCUUUGAACAAAUCUCUCCUCCCCCAACCCAUUCCAUUUUUUUUUGCUCUCGCUCCAACUUUUUUGCAAUAAUUCAAGUGGUAAUGCUUGCUAUGCUGGCUAGCAUUUGCCAUGCAAAAUAUCAUUGCAAUAAUUAAGAACGGUGGCUGCAGGAUGCAACAGCCAACAGCUCCUUUGAAAACAGUGUCUUAAUGUUAUUAUUAUUGUUGUUGCUACAGGUUGGUGCUGGUGCUAUUGGAUGUGAACAUCUCAAAAAUUUUGCCAUGAUGGGUUUAGCUUGCAGUGAUGCAGGGCAGCUGUUUGUCACAGAUAUGGACACCAUUGAAAAAUCCAACCUUAACAGGCAAUUUCUUUUCAGACCAGGAGAUGUACAGGUGAGGCUGAUGCAAUAAAUAUUUAAUCUUUCAUUAUCUUAAAUGAUAGACGAACCUCUUUUAUAAUAGCUUGCAGGAGCAGACACUUUUUUCGGCUCCGGUAUUUUCUCGGCAGGUGAAACAAGAGCCGAAAAAGACGUCUGUUCCCUGCGGGCUACUUUUAUAUUACACACCUUAAAAAUAAACUAGGUCAAGUCAAAUUUUAUCCAACUCACGCAAAUAUUUUCAGCAACCAACAUUUCAUGAUGUAGUCAAUUUUUUGAGCUGCAAACCGAGUGCUGACUUGUUUGAAUUGAGCACAAUGCAAGGUGGGCUCCUGUCAAAAUUUGCCAAAUUCAUGUUCCUGGAAUAUUAUUUAGAGUAUAACAACCCAAGUCGAGCUACUUCUAUUGCCUAAAAAACCUUUGAGCACAUUUUGAUACUUCAGUUUAACCACUAAGAAAAAUAAGACCCUUUCUCUUAGAGUUAACAUUAAGGUCUGGUCCCAGUUGUUCAAAAGGUGGAUAAAUUACUAUCCAGUGUAUAAGGCAAUUGCAUUCCCUUAUACUUAUUCACUGGAUAGUGAUCCAUCCCGUGGAUGUGCUAUCCAACAUUUGAACAAUCAAGGCCUGGAAUGAAUGAGUGAACACUCCUGCAAGAAUUGGCUUGCCUAAUGCCAAAACUUUUGAGAGGAAUGAGUGGGUGGGAUCUGAACAACCCUAGCAGUGGUUGCCUCUUUGGAGGUGGGUACGGCUUUACUUCUUUACACGUUCAAACCAGUUUGACAUCAGCGCGAAUGUACAUUGUGCCUUGUUUUAGACCCAGCCUUGUCCUUAGCCUUUGAGCGAGCUGUCCAUUUGGGGGAUAUCGUGAAAAGUCGACGCGUGAGAGGCACGCCAGAGGAGGCACGGUUUCGCCGCUCGCUCGCCCAAAUAGGAGAGGUUGCUCGCAGGCUACCUUGUUCUAUAAAGGGAAUAACUUUUUAGCGACUGUUUUGAGUACACCACUGGUUUGCCUCAACACUACAAAACCGCAGUUUCUUUAGUCAGGUUUUAUUAAUUGGCAGUUUAUACGUAAAUGGAAUUAUUUACAGACAGCCUGUCCUCUUUCCACCUUGUAGUACUAUCAUUGUUUUGGUGUUGUUUUAGCAAUUGAAAUCAGAGGUUGCAGCGAGGGCGGUCAAG